GCUACAUGCGAGCCAGCAAGGCCAAAUCAGCAGCCUUCUAUGGCCCUGGUCACAACUUUCAGCCGAUCUGGAUGAGUAACGUCAAUUGCACGGGGGAGGAAGUGGAAUUAUCUGCGUGUGCCAGCAGUGACUGGGGAGACAACCAAUGCUCUCACCGAGAGGAUGCAUCAGUUAUUUGUACUAAUUUGUCAGAAGAUGAAGGUGAGCUGCGUUUGAUGGACGGAAAGGAUGAUAACUACGGAAGGGUGGAGAUCUUUCACUACAACGAAUCCCAUAACGGCGUGUGGGGGUCGAUUUGCAAAGACGGAUGGGGGUACGACGAAGCCCGAGUUGUUUGCAACCAGCUGGGCUUCCCCUAUGUUGCAUUACCCUUCCGGAUCCCUUACUUUGGACCAGGCAGUGGACCGAUCCAUCUGACAAACGUGGCAUGCACUGGAACUGAAAUAUAUUUACCGUUCUGUCUACAACUUCACUGGGGCAAGAACAACUGUAGUCAUGCUGAUGUUGUUGGUGUUGAGUGUUCCGACUUCCAGUACGGCCCGACAACAUUCCCCGCGCCCAUAGCCGAACAUACUACAGCCUUAGCUGGCUGGUUGAUUGCGAUCAUCGUGAUUUCCUGUCUUGGUAUCUGCGGAAUGAUCGUCGUCUUUGGUGCUGUUCUGUAUUUCGCCAAGCAAGGAUCUUCAAACGUCACUUCAUCCCAAGGCCAAGGGUAUCCCACCGCUGCCACCUUCUCUCCAGGGCAGCCGCCAAUGGAGCUCCCACCAUCAUACACCAACGCGGUUGCAUCCAGUUUCCCUGCAGAAAAGGAUCCCUUAGAUGAAUUAAAACAAAAGGAGUGAUUUUUCUUUAGGUGGGAAAUGAGAUAAAUAGGAAUGUGGAGAACAUUACAAAAUCAUGGAUGAUUGCGAAGUAAUGACUUUAAUUCAUUUUUAAUCAUUAGACCGGGGUCAAAUUUUACCUAUCUCCCCUCCUUUCUCCUCAUCUUUGAUGAAGGGGG